AGGAGUUUUUGCAGCGGGCACAUAGCAGGUUUGGCUCGUGCAGAGAGCGUGGUAGCCAGCCAUGGGGGUCAGCCACUCAAUGGACAAGGACCAGGUUGAUGAGGUUCUCACUCAGUUUGAAGCAACGACUUCAUCCAUCAAAGGCAUUGAGAGUAAGAUGUCAAAGGUCGGUCAGUACAUGGAGACUGUCCAGGUUCAGAGGAAGGAUGUGACCAACUAUGCUGAGGUUACGACCAGCCUCAUUGACGGUUUGGGCGAGUCCAUUGCCGAUCAGAGCAAAGCCAUGUAUGACUAUUUCUCGUCCAGCUUUGAGCACUUUGCUGGACUGGUGGAGAUUUUGGAGACAUCGCUUUACAACCUAAAGCUCCAGGAUGCUCCUCGCCAAAUGCAGAUGGAGUUUGGGCCCUUGCUCAUGCCAGCUGUGGUGCUGGUUUGCAUCAUUACGGGCAGCAACUGCUACUUUGGCUUCUUGCUAGCCAGCGAUGAUUUCCUGGCGGAUGCGCUUGGUGAAGGCAUCAGUCAUUCUGCUGGCAAUACUACAGCGAACUCAGAAGCAGUUCUGGGCGAAAUGAACAUUUUGGUACUUUUCGCCAUCACUCACGUAGUUCUGAUAGGUCUCGCGGCUAUCUACAUACUCGUGGACUUGCUCCGCAGGUGUCUGAAGGCAAGAAGAUCACGGAAACGACGCCGCCGUUCAAGCUUGACAGGCGCCACUGUUGCUGCAAGUCCCUCAAUCUCUGGUAUCACUCUCGCUGUCUGCUUCGCUGGUCUCUUGCGCAGUAAGGACUCGGACUCAGAUGAGCCAGACCUUGCAGAAUCCGAGGCAAUGCAGAUGGACGGCAGCAAUGACGGGCCAGUCUCGCCGCGCACGAAUACGGAGCGCUCACUUUCUGCGACGGCAAGUUUUAGGAGCCAACGGCCAAAAGAUCAGAGCCCCACACCUGUCUCCCAGCUUUUGAGGCGAUUGCAGCAUGCAGCAACGAGCCGUUCCUUCUCUUCUCAGCCAGAGGCUAGGCUCAAGAAAAUGCUUGGGCUGGUUUCGAGAAGUGUCUCGAGGUCGAAGCCAACGCAGGAGUGGCUGGGAAGCUGCUGCAUAAAAGAGGAUGACGUGGCUGUGCGAGCUGCUGCAGCAUCUUCCUCGACCGCGCUGCAUACUCUCCGCAAGGGGAAGCAGGUUGAGGUUGUGCAGGCUAUCCGCGGUGGUAAAGGCAAGGUCUGGGGCCGCAUCGCCAGACCAUCAGGCUGGGUCCUUCUGGCCGAUACCGGAAGUGGCUACCUGGCUGUCGUCAAGGACCGGUAUGGUGGAGCGAGCGCCGAUUCAUGAUUGCUGAUCAACAAAUGUUUUAAAUUGAGUUAUCGCGCAAAAGCGCUUCGCUCGCCGCUUCGAAUGCGAACAAGGAUGACGAGUGCCAUCACGUUUCACCCCCCUUGAGAGGGCCAGCAGCUUGAUUUGUCUUG